GAUUUGGUAAUAAUUAUACCUGAUAGUCAGUCUAUGAAACGAGUCCUACAAUAUAAUCAUGUAUGUAUACAAGCACAAUCCUCCUUCGAUAUCAAAAACAACUCCUCAAUAUAACCCAUCGAUCAUUCCAUCCUCGUUGACCAGUUCGCGCCUGAUCACGUGACGCGGUCGCCCCCACACGGGCUGAUAGGGAAACGGACGACAUCGAACGUCAACCCCAGACGGAAGGGAGAUAUAGCGCCAUCGCCAGGUCUCCCGGGUUUUGUCUUUCUUUUUUUUUUGUUGUUAUUGCUCAAGGCCUCUGGAAUAUAAUUUACAGUCAUUUCUGCAGUUAUGACUACAAACGGAACGACAGGGAGAGCUUCUUCCGUCGCGUCGAGCUCUGGAAGCUUGGUGGAUGCGUCCGGGUAUAAGUUCUCCGAAAAGGAUAUGAAGCCGGGAAAGAUCAAGUUGAAGAAGUCGUCGUCGGCGAAGACUGCGAAGGGGAAGAAGCCGGAGAAGGAUGGUAAAGAUAUCCCCGACUCUCCUGGUUCAUCGCCCAUUCUACCUGAAAUGGAUGAAAAGACCAUGGCUGCCUUCCCGACGGGGAAGCCGAGAGAUGACCAACUCGAGACGGUGAUAUGCAAACAUUGCAAGAGACCCGUUCUGAAACACACUGCUGCGGAACAUAUCCGGAGUUGUCUGAAAGCGAAGCAGGAGAAGGCACGCAAGAAGAAAGAGGCGCGCGAUGCAGCGAAUCGCGCCAAAGCCGCUGAUAAUAAGGAUGGGGAUGAGAAAGAUGAUGAGAAAGAAGGGGAGGAUGCGAUGAAGGGCCAGAAGAGCGCUAAGAAGAGCGCUGUUAAGGGUAUGGCGGAUGACGGAACGAAGAAGGGCAAGAAGCGCAAGGCGGAUGCCGAGGAUGAGAAGGAUAAAGAGCCGAAGAAAAAGAAGAAGAAGGAUGAGCCGAAGCCCAAGAUGCCGAAGCCUAAGGGGCCGGUGGAUGUUGAGAAGCAGUGUGGUGUUACGCUGCCUAAUGGCGCUCAAUGUGCUAGGUCGUUGACGUGUAAGAGUCAUUCGAUGGGUGCGAAGCGUGCUGUUCCGGGACGCUCUCUGCCGUAUGAUAUGUUGUUGCAGGCGUAUCAGAAGAAGAAUCAGGCUCGUCAGCAGAAGGCUGCAAUCGAUGCGAAUGCGCCGUUGCAAGAUGACCUGGAUAAUAAUGGACCUGUAGACUCUGAUGAGGAGAAGGAGUCAGUCAUGGCUGCAAUUGCUCGAUCACAUCCACAGCCCCUCGUCACCCAUCCUCUGAUCCCUACGAAGAAGAAAUACCAGUACGUCCGGAUCAAGGAGAUGCUUUCGCAUGUCCUAGGUGGUUCCACAGGCGGUGGCCUCUUUGGUACCGGAGACACCGGUGGCCAGACGGGUCUUGGUCUUUUCCAGACUACAGAUGAGCCAGAUCUGACAUCUCCCGUUGCGACGAGUACAUCUGAGCUCCCUGCGGAUUCCAGGAAGACUCUUCCGCAGGGGAACCAAAACCGUUCCGUACAAAAUCAUCCUAAGAAGACGGCGGUCGCUGUGGCCUGAUCGCCUCGUUUGCCAUGUUUUCUCCCUGGUUUCUGCUUUCUGGCUCGGGUUUACGUGAUACUAUAGCCUUUUUUUGCUAUGUGGGAGUUACGGUUCGGCGGCGUGUAUACGGAGCAUGUAAGGGCAGAGCAGACUGUAACGAUAUGAUACCCGAUUUAGUGUUGCAAAUUGAUUUAGUUUAGUUUGAAGGAUAUAUUAGCUUGGAAAAUCAUAU